AUGGGCUUGGUUCUCAGCUUGUUAUUUCCCUUCUGGUGGAGGAUUUGGGUUGUGUCUGCGGACACUGUUCCUGUGGCAGAUGAGAAGUUUGGCUCAACAGACAGCUUCAUAUCCUCUGAUAAUGAUGGUGGCAUUUGUCUCGUUAAUGAUCUCAGCAAAUCCUCCCUCUCCAUCUCAUUGGAUUGUCUCUUCGGAGAGCCUGAAUCAUCCUCCCUUCCACCCUCCGCUGUGCUGCCUGAAGACCCAUCUAUUCUCUCACCUCUCUGUACGAAGCGGAGGAGAAAACUGACAUAUUUUCUCAAGUACCGACCGAACUAG